AUGCUCAUUCAGGGCAUUUAUAUAGGUACCCGGCUAAGGAAUGGUAUUAUGGCGUUACUUUACAAAAAAUGUUUGAAGAUUAAGGACCUAAGUGAUCACACAGUGGGAAAGCUUAUAAACACGUUAUCUACGGAUGGAGAGCGCAUACAGAGGGGAAUAAUCAUGCUGUUCGCGCUGUUUGGUGCGCCCGUCCUCCUCGUCGCCGGAACCGUCUAUGCCUGUUUGGUGAUAGGACCCAUGGCUUUACUAGCCUUAAUCAUUUUUACUCUACAGUUCAUUACAGUGAGCUUACUUGCGAAGAAGUUAGGCUCACUGAGAGCGAAGGCUGCUAGUGUGGCCGACAAAAGGUUGAGAUCCAUUAGUGAAUUGCUCACCUGCAUGAAGAUCAUCAAAGUGUACACAUGGGAGAAUUCGUUUAUGGAGAAAAUCUUCUCUAUCCGUGACAAGGAGAGGGCGGUGUUAUUCUUCAUGCGUGUGUUACAAUCAAUCAUGCUGAUGUCAUCGUCUUACUCCCUGGCCUUCGCUCAGGUCGUCACUAUUGUAGCUUCCAUCCUUGUCCUUGGUGUGGUCACCCCUGUUGAGGCAUUCACUCUGAUAACUGUCCUGAAUACAAUGAAAGUUGCCAUGGACAUCAUGCCUACCGCUCUCCGAGGGCUCGCCGACGUCAUCAUAGCGUUCAAACGAAUGAAGGAAGUGCUGUUGAUGGAAGAAUUCACCCCUCCGCAGCAAAUAAAAGACCCUGGAGAGAGGGCACGCUACUGCGUCGUCUUUGACCAGAGCACAUUUGCAUACAAAGUUGAGAUCCCUCCAGAAGGAAACGAACCGAAUGCAAACAAAGUGAAAACUGCGAAAUCAAAACUGAAGGAAGAUAAAAAGAUAGGAUAUGGAGCCUUAAAGUCUUCAGAAGAGAAAACAGGCUUGCUGGAGAAGACGUCUCAAAAACCGGAGCAGGGAUAUGUAGACAUUCCAUCACUGGGUAAACUCAUCGGAAUAUGUGGCUCUAUAGGCUCGGGGAAGACGUCGUUUUUGCAGGCCAUCCUGGGAAGGGUGGAAGCCAUAAGUGGGUCUUUUGCCAUAAAUGGGUCAAUUGCGUAUGUCGCCCAAGAAGCUUGGUUAAACAACGCCACAGUGCAGGAAAACAUUUUGUUCGGAAACGAAUUCAAUUCGGCAAAGUAUGAGCGUUGUCUGGAUGUAUGCUGCCUGAAAGAUGACCUGGAAAUCCUGUCAGCUGGUGACCAGACAGAGGUUGGGGAGCGUGGGAUAAACCUAAGUGGCGGACAGAAACAGCGAAUAAGCCUGGCCCGGGCGGUGUACAGCGACCGGGAUCUGUACCUGUUAGAUGAUCCACUCUCCGCCGUCGACAACCGUGUAGGCAGCCGCAUCUUCAGCGAAUGCAUUAAAGGGGCGCUGGCCGGAAAGAGUGUCCUCCUCGUGACGCACCAAGUCAGGUUUUUGUCCAAAUGUGAUGAGGUAAUAUUCAUGAAGAGCACGGGUCUGAUGGCCACGCAUACCCAUGAUGACUUGAUGCGGAUUGACACUCAGUACCGCGAAAUGAUCAACUCUGUGGCAGCCGACAGCGGCGAAAAGGACGACGAAAAAGACAAUGUCCCUGCCGAGAUCAAAGAGAAGGAAUUUGUUCCAAUCUCAAAUCCAAAAUCAGGAACCGGAAAGUUGACAGGUAAAGAGAUGUCGGUGCAGGGAACCCUCAGCUGGUCAGUGCUGGGCGCCUACCUCAAGGCUUCAGGCGGUUACCUGGCCGGAAUCGUUCUACUGAUGUUCGUCUUUCUGAAUGUUGCAAGCCAAGCAUUCCCCGCUUGGUGGAUUAGCAUCUGGCUUGAGAAGGAUUUCCCCAAUGUGGAUCCAAACUGUACCCAUUCUUGUGAGACGAUUGAUAUUCGGGAAGAUCCAUUCUUUAUGCACAAUCUUCUGACAUAUGGCGGAAGUCCGGUCCUCAUUCUGCUAUUCGGUGUCAGCGCUGCCUUCAUCGUUGCCAAGAUUACCUACACAGCCUCGACCACCAUGCACAAUGAGUUGAUACGCAAAGUUUCCAUGGCAACAAUGACGUUUUUCGAUACGACACCUGUCGGACAAAUUCAGAACCGAUUCACCAGCGACAUGGAUCAGAUGGACACCUUCCUCUCAACAAAUCUUGAGUUGCUGUUGUAUUAUGCCUUCCUGGUUUUCGUGAUCCUCGCCACCGUCAUCAUUUCUUCCCCUCUCGUCACGAUCGUCAUCGUGCCCUCCUUCUGUUUGUUCUUCUACAUCUGGUAUCGCACACGACCCAGUAUUCGGGAUCUCAAGCGAGUAGAAAAUGUCGCCCGAUCCCCGCAGUACAGUCUUAUCACCUCAACCAUCAAGGGAUUAACCACUGUCUCCGCCUUCGACAAAACUACCAAUUUCACCACCAAAUUCUGCGCUGUGCUGGACCGUUUCCACGUCCGCCUGGUCUGUUUUCAGUUCGUCUCCCGCUGGGCCGCCAUUAGGCUUGAUCUUCUCGUCUGGAUCAUUAUUGUCGCUAUCUCCACGGUCAUCGUGGUCUUACCCAGCGGAAAGGCCGCAUCAGAGUCUGGAUUAGCUCUCAGCUUCGCUCUACAGCUGUCCAGUAUUCUGUACAUUAUUGUGAUGUAUACCAAUGAAGUCAUUGCCUCAUUUACGUCUGUUGAAAGAGUUGAUGACUACAUCAAAAAUGUACCCCAGGAAGCUCCAGCUAUUAACAUCCACCAGCGCCCUGAACAGUCCUGGCCGGAAUAUGGUCAGAUUAUGUUUUUCGAUUUCUGUAUGCGGUACCAGCCCCACCUGCCUCGCGUCCUCAACAAGCUCUCGUUCCGGGUGGACCCCAUGGAAAGAGUUGGAAUCGUCGGAAGAACAGGAGCGGGAAAGUCUUCCAUCACAACUGCUCUCUUCCGGCUCGUGGAGAAGGAAUCGGGCAGUAUAUUUAUAGACGGUGUGGAUAUUUCUACGAUUGGCCUUCGAGAUUUGCGUCGUCAUCUGUCCCUAGUACCACAAGAUCCUGUCUUGUUUUCUGGAACUAUCAGAUCAAACGUUGACCCCUUUUUCGAGCGAAAGGACACGGAGAUCUGGGAAGCCCUGGAACGUGUGAACAUGAAGAAAAAGAUUUCCGCUAUGCCUGGUCAGCUGGAAGAGAAAGUUCAAGACGGAGGCUCGAAUUUCUCGUUAGGAGAGCGCCAGUUGAUCUGCAUGGCCAGAGCUAUUCUCAGCAAAAGUCGGAUUUUGAUCAUGGAUGAAGCUACAGCGUCCGUCGAUCCCCAAACAGAUGCUCUCAUCCAGGACGCCAUUAGAACCUCUUUCCCGGAUUGCACCAUGCUAAUCAUCGCCCACAGGCUCAAUACGGUGUUAGACUGCGACAAAAUCCUUGUCAUGGACAAAGGAGAGGUUGCGGAAUAUGAUUCACCUGAGAGACUGCUGGAAAACAAGAACUCUAUUUUCAAACAACUGUUAUCAGCAUCCAUGAAAUAAGAACAACCCC